UGUCAGUUACUAUAUAUAAACGAAUCCGUGUUUGACAGAGGAACAGACUUGAUUAGCCGUGAUACCGACGACGACAAAUGUUCCCAGCUAACCGGAACUAGCGCGUCUUUACAAGACAGUACAGGAAGCACGAUUACAGGCUCGACUCGAGCCAACUAUCAACGUAAUUUCGAAGAUCGCGUGCUUCAUGGGCAGAGCGGUAAUCGCAGAUUUAGUUACAAAAAGAGAAAAUCCUGCAAUGGAAACGGAAUAUUUAGUGCCCCUGCAGGGGUCAGUCCCCAUCAUGUUAAAUCGUCGAUCAUACGACGCAAUACAAAUGGAUCUCCGUUAAUUUUCGUAUGGCCACAGAAACCACCUAGAAGCAGGUUGUUGAGAAUUUUAGCUCCUUUAAUGCACGGUAUUCUCAUCGGAUUCUUGUUUUUGGAUGCUGUUCACCUUUGGCCAGGAGAGUUUUUGCCUACGUCGUUACCCUCUGUAAUGCCUGUACCUUUACCGCCCGUCAAGUGUAAUGUGAUCGAACCACGUUGGUUCGACAACAGUUAGGAUCACUUCCUGAUCACUUCCCUCCUAUUCUUUAAAUUCAAAAUGAUACAGCGAAUCGUAAACGUAUUUGUAAAGAAAUUGAAAUAAAUGUAAAUGGUACCCACA